GGAGCAGGACCUCAGCAUUUUGACCCUUGAUUACAAAUGGAGAAGCAUGAAGAUGUUCAAUACUGUUUUCAAGACAGAAACUCUUCUUGCAGAAAGGCUUUGCUGUCGACAUCUAUCCACAUAACACUGUACAUCUUCUUCUCAUUGAUUUCAACAGUUACAGUAUUUUUGAACCUACUGGUGAUCAUCUCCAUCUCUCACUUCAAGCAGCUCCAGACUCCAACCAACCUGCUCAUCCUCUCUCUGGCUGUGUCAGAUCUCCUGGUGGGACUGAUUGUGAUACCAGUAGUGACUGUAGCAAUUAUGGAACCAUGCUGGGGAUUUGGGGAAUAUUUCUGUGUGUUUCAAUUCUACAUCUCUUGUUUGUGUACUUCUUUAUCUCUCGGCAAUUUGGUCUUGAUAUCUAUUGACCGCUAUGUUGCUGUGUGUGAUCCCUUAUUGUACCACUCUAAAAUAACAGUAACAAGAAUUAUGUGUUGUAUAUCCAUUACCUGGUGUUAUUGUAUCAUAUACCGUGCUGCUAUUAUGAAAAUCUCUGUGAACGUACAAGUACCAAGUAGUUGUUUGAAAGAAUGUUUUAUUGUAGAAGGGUUAAUCUGGGUUAAUAUAAUUGACCUUAUAUUUACAAUGGUUGUCCCGUGCUCUAUUAUUAUAACACUUUAUAUGAAAAUCUUUGUGGUGGCCAGAUCACAGGCCAGAAAGGUAUUUUCAAAACAGGCUGCCAGUGUGUCUGGUGUUAAAACUGUACAGGCAAAUAAGUCUGAGACAAAAGCAGCAAAAACUCUGUCUAUUGUUGUUUUCACCUAUCUAAGCUGUUGGAUUCCUUUUUUCUUUUUUUAUUUAGUCAAUUUAGAUUCAUCAUCACUUUUCUUUAGCUUUCUACCACUUUUUAACUCUUUUAUCAAUCCAAUAAUUUAUGCUUUAUUUUAUCCAUGGUUCAAAGUGACAGCUAAAUGUAUUAUAACUCUGAAGUUAAGGCGUUCAUAGUUCCUAUGUUUUUAUGCCUAACUUUGACAAACAUGUUUGAUGUUGUGUUGUUAUGCACUGUUGUAAUCAUAGAUAACAUUCUGUUGAUACAGAAUGUUUGUCUGAAUUGGAUUGGAAUUAAUCAGACAAGGCAUAUGAAUAGAUAAUCUUGUUUUAUAAAAGACUUUGAUUGUAUUUUCCAAAUACCAAAGUCUGUGGUUGUUGCAUGUUAUUUAAUGUGGACCCAGGAAGAUUAGCUGAUGCUUUUGCAUUGGCUAGUGGGGAUCCUAAUUAAUACCAAAUACCAAAUGUACAUUUUAAGGAUGUCAUGAGUAAUUCAAUUUACUUUCUAAUAUUCCCCCCUAGUGGCGCAAUUGGGACACAACGCCUUCUACAAGUACAUUAAAGUUGAAAUGUACAAUACCUCAUGAUAUCAGAUAACAUCCAGAUCUAACUAAAUUGUGUAUUGUGUAAGUAUUUGAUGGUAAAAUGUCAGAAUAUGCAAUUAUGGGUAACACUUUAUAAUAACAUUCAGUUAUAAACCAUUUGUAAGACAUUUACAGUUUGAUCACUAUUUAUUAUUAGUUCCCCAUUUGCUAAAUGUUACUCACCUGGGUAUUCUGACAUGUAUAAAUAACUACUAUAUGCAUUAAUGAUUAAACACAACAGUGCAGGAGACCACAGCAGACACUUCAACCUCAACAUACUGGUUAUGAACACUGCCACUACUCUCACUUACCAAUACUUCUCUGUGUUGUCAUCAUAGAUAGAUGUUGUUGUUGAUACAAAAGGAUUAGGCUGGAUUGGAAUGGCUUGGAGAAGGCAUAAGAAGUCAUUGUGGGUUGUAUAUUCCAAAUACCAAAGUCUGUGGUUGUUCCGUGUUAUUUAAUGAUACAGUAAACAGUAUGUAAUUAUUCUUAAAGUACAUUUUGAGGAAGUCAUGAAUCAUUCUGUAUAUUGUCUAACAUUACCCUCUAGUGGCUCAAUUGGGACUCAAUGCCAUUAGCAAGUGUAGUGGAUCUGAAAUGUUCAAUACUGCAUAUUUGAUGACGUCCAAGUCUAUCUCAAUUGUGUAAGCAGUUUAUGUGUAACACUUUAUAAUAUUCA